GUGUGUGUGCGCUGGGCAGGCGGGCACUGCAGCUUCUUCCCUCCGUGGAGCGGAGAGCGAGAGAGCUAGAGCGAGCGAGAGAGCGGCGAAGGCGGGCAGAGGGGCGCGGGCGAGGCGGCGCAGCCAUCCCCGGGCCCGGUGCCGCGCCGCCACCAUGCUAAACAACCUGACGGACUGCGAGGACGGCGAUGGGGGAGCCAACCCCGGUGAUGGCAACCCUAAGGAAAGCAGUCCCUUCAUCAACAGCACCGACACAGAGAAGGGGAAGGAGUACGAUGGCAAGAACAUGGCCCUGUUUGAGGAGGAGAUGGACACCAGUCCCAUGGUGUCCUCCCUGCUCAGUGGCCUGGCCAACUACACCAACCUGCCCCAGGGAAGUAGGGAGCACGAAGAGGCAGAAAACAAUGAGGGUGGAAAAAAGAAGCCGGUGCAGGCCCCACGCAUGGGUACCUUCAUGGGCGUGUACCUACCGUGCCUGCAGAACAUCUUUGGAGUCAUCCUCUUCCUGCGGCUCACUUGGGUGGUGGGAAUUGCAGGCAUCAUGGAGUCCUUCUGCAUGGUCUUCAUCUGCUGCUCCUGUACGAUGCUCACAGCCAUCUCCAUGAGUGCAAUUGCAACCAAUGGUGUUGUGCCUGCUGGUGGCUCCUACUACAUGAUUUCUAGGUCUCUGGGCCCAGAGUUUGGUGGCGCCGUGGGCCUCUGCUUCUACCUGGGCACCACCUUUGCUGGGGCCAUGUACAUCCUGGGCACCAUCGAAAUCCUGCUGGCUUACCUCUUCCCAGCUAUGGCCAUCUUCAAGGCAGAAGAUGCCAGCGGGGAGGCAGCAGCCAUGCUGAACAACAUGCGUGUGUAUGGCACCUGUGUGCUCACCUGCAUGGCCACUGUGGUAUUUGUGGGCGUCAAGUAUGUCAACAAGUUUGCCCUUGUCUUCCUGGGUUGUGUUAUCCUCUCCAUCCUGGCCAUCUAUGCUGGGGUCAUCAAGUCUGCCUUCGACCCACCCAACUUCCCGAUCUGCCUCCUGGGGAACCGCACAUUGUCUCGCCAUGGCUUUGAUGUCUGUGCCAAGCUAGCUUGGGAAGGAAAUGAGACGGUGACCACACGGCUCUGGGGCCUUUUCUGUUCCUCCCGCUUCCUCAACGCCACCUGUGAUGAGUACUUCACUCGAAACAAUGUCACGGAGAUCCAGGGCAUUCCUGGUGCUGCCAGUGGCCUCAUCAAAGAGAACCUCUGGAGCUCCUACCUGACCAAGGGGGUGAUUGUGGAGAGAAGUGGGAUGCCCUCAGUUGGCCUGGCAGAUGCCACUCCUGUCAACAUGGACCACCCUUAUGUCUUCAGCGAUAUGACCUCCUACUUCACCCUGCUGGUUGGCAUCUACUUCCCCUCAGUCACAGGGAUCAUGGCUGGUUCUAAUCGCUCUGGGGACCUGCGGGAUGCCCAGAAGUCAAUCCCCACCGGCACUAUCCUGGCCAUCGCCACCACCUCUGCUGUCUACAUCAGCUCCGUUGUUUUGUUUGGGGCCUGCAUUGAAGGGGUCGUCUUACGGGAUAAGUUUGGAGAAGCUGUGAAUGGCAACCUGGUGGUAGGCACGCUGGCCUGGCCAUCUCCCUGGGUCAUUGUCAUCGGCUCCUUCUUUUCCACCUGUGGGGCUGGGCUGCAGAGCCUCACAGGGGCUCCACGCCUGCUGCAGGCCAUCUCCCGGGACGGCAUAGUGCCCUUCCUGCAGGUCUUUGGCCACGGCAAAGCCAAUGGAGAGCCCACCUGGGCCCUGCUGCUUACUGCCUGCAUCUGCGAGAUCGGCAUCCUCAUUGCAUCCCUUGAUGAGGUCGCCCCCAUCCUCUCUAUGUUCUUCCUGAUGUGCUACAUGUUUGUAAACCUGGCCUGUGCAGUGCAGACACUGCUGAGGACACCCAACUGGAGGCCACGCUUUCGAUAUUACCACUGGACACUCUCCUUCCUGGGCAUGAGCCUGUGCCUGGCCCUCAUGUUCAUCUGCUCCUGGUAUUACGCGCUGGUGGCCAUGCUCAUUGCUGGACUCAUCUACAAGUACAUUGAAUACCGCGGGGCAGAGAAGGAAUGGGGCGAUGGGAUCCGAGGCCUGUCUCUCAGUGCUGCUCGCUAUGCCCUCUUACGCCUGGAGGAAGGGCCCCCGCACACCAAGAACUGGAGGCCACAGCUGCUGGUGCUGGUACGUGUGGACCAAGACCAGAAUGUGGUGCACCCCCAGCUGCUCUCGCUGACCUCCCAGCUCAAGGCAGGGAAAGGCCUGACCAUUGUGGGCUCUGUCCUUGAGGGCACCUUUCUGGACAACCAUCCCCAGGCCCAGCGGGCAGAGGAGUCUAUCCGGCGCCUGAUGGAGGCAGAGAAGGUAAAGGGCUUCUGCCAGGUGGUGAUCUCCUCCAACCUUCGUGAUGGUGUGUCCCACCUGAUUCAGUCUGGGGGCCUCGGGGGCCUGCAGCACAACACUGUGCUUGUCGGCUGGCCCCGCAACUGGCGGCAGAAGGAAGAUCACCAGACAUGGAGGAACUUCAUUGAGCUGGUCCGGGAAACCACAGCUGGCCACCUGGCCCUGCUGGUCACCAAGAAUGUCUCCAUGUUUCCUGGGAACCCCGAGCGCUUCUCAGAGGGCAGCAUCGACGUCUGGUGGAUUGUGCAUGAUGGGGGCAUGCUCAUGCUGCUGCCCUUCCUGCUGCGGCACCACAAGGUCUGGCGGAAGUGCAAAAUGCGUAUCUUCACUGUGGCCCAGAUGGACGACAAUAGCAUCCAGAUGAAGAAGGACCUGACCACAUUUCUGUAUCAUUUACGUAUCACUGCAGAGGUUGAGGUGGUGGAGAUGCAUGAGAGCGACAUCUCAGCUUACACCUAUGAGAAGACAUUGGUGAUGGAGCAGCGCUCCCAGAUCCUCAAACAGAUGCAUUUAACCAAGAAUGAGAGGGAGCGGGAGAUCCAGAGUAUCACAGAUGAGUCCCGAGGCUCAAUCCGGAGAAAGAAUCCAGCCAACACUCGGCUCCGCCUCAAUGUCCCUGAAGAGACAGCUGGUGACAGUGAGGAGAAGCCAGAAGAGGAGGUGCAGCUGAUCCAUGACCAGAGUGCUCCCAGCUGUCCCAGCAGCUCGCCAUCCCCAGGGGAAGAGCCUGAGGGGGAGGGGGAGACAGACCCCGAGAAGGUGCAUCUCACCUGGACCAAAGACAAGUCGGUGGCAGAGAAGAAUAAGGGUCCCAGUCCUGUCUCCUCUGAGGGCAUCAAGGACUUCUUCAGCAUGAAGCCGGAGUGGGAGAACUUGAAUCAGUCCAACGUGCGGCGCAUGCACACGGCAGUGAGGCUGAACGAGGUCAUUGUGAAGAAAUCCCGGGAUGCCAAGCUUGUUUUGCUCAACAUGCCGGGGCCUCCCCGCAACCGCAACGGCGACGAAAACUACAUGGAGUUCCUCGAGGUCCUCACAGAGCACCUGGACCGGGUGAUGCUGGUCCGCGGCGGCGGCCGCGAGGUCAUCACCAUCUACUCCUGA